AUCAGAAGCUUUGCGUCAAGCCUGCUAAGGCUCAUAAAUCAGCUGUCUUAUUGCCCUGGUCAUUUCAACCAACGUCUGACCCUUUUGUUAACUCAUGAUUUAUAACUGGAAGUUACUUUUUUUUUAAAUGCCAGAUUUAUAAACUUUACUGUGCUUGGUUUGAUAUAAUAUCCAUUUUGUACACCAAGCUGUAAGACAGUAAAUUUAUUGUCUAUGAACUGUUACCUUGAAAAAUUACAUCAAUGCAAAGUGGUUCCCAUUUAGAAUCAAUGGGCAAUAAAUUCAUUGGAUUUUUUUUUUUUUUGAAGGGGGGAGAGAACAUGAUGAUAUUUAUGAAGUCAUGAGCGAGUAUAUAAUGGGAGAAACUGGGAGUAGAGGCAACACUCAGACAGGAUUUCUUAGUUACAGGGGUAGACAAAGACAAAACAUAUUCAACACAGCAAUCAAUGAUGCAUAAGCUGAUAUUCUGCUGUCUCAUUAUUGUCAGCUUCUCCUGUCCUCUCUCGUCUCUCCCCAUCAUCAACACCAGUGAGAUGUCUUAUCAACUCUCAGCUGAUGAAGAUUCGAGAUUAAACCUGGAAAGGCUGGGCAGCCCAGGAAGCACCUCUCUGAUUCAGUUUCUGCCAGAGCUCCUGGGCACAUUGACUGAAGACAACAAAGCAGGUCUUACCCCCAGCAACUACAACCCAGGGGAAUAUAUCAAAGAGAGUUUCUACGGAAAUCAUCCUCGAAUUGCUUUGCUGGGACGCUUCUUGACCAAGGACAGGAAACAGUACAAGAAACGUGGGAAUCUUUCCGAGUGCUUCUGGAAAUAUUGUGUGUAAACAGGAAACUUCCUGACUGGUUGCAUAAUUUAUACAGAUGUCUGAAAACAUGUAUAUAGAUUUGCUUGAUUUAAAAUGAGAAUGAAGAAACAUGAAGGCAGCGCCUAAUUUCAGACUAUGCUACUUGGAAAUGAAUAAAUUCUUGAUAUUUUGCAAUUAUGCUAUGACCAAUGUAGUAUUUUCUUAGAGCUGAGCACAAUAGGAAGAAAGUAAUGGGACAAAGAGAUAAAUAUACAAAGAAUUUGGGCAGGGGAAGCAAGAUUCCCAUGAGGUCCUAUGAAACCUCCCAGAAGAGCAAUGCCUCAACUGUGUCUAAGUACAGAGGCAAGAGGACUUUCUCCUUUGUCACUUGAUGUAGACUGGGGUGUCAAAAAGAAAGGGUCAUAGCUGCAUUCCCUGAUGAGCUGGUAAGGGAUUAACAGUGCCCAGGCCCGUCCUGCCAUCGCCAAGGCACCACAAAAACAAUAAGCACACGUCAGGAUCAAGCAUCCGCUCCCACUACUGCUA